UUCGACCUGACUUGCGAAAAUGCUUGGCUCGGCCCUCUUGCCGGCUCCAUGUACAUGGUGGGCAUGCUGCUGGGUGCCAUCACCAUCGGGGACUUGGCUGACCGCUUCGGCCGCAAGAUGGGGAUCCUCGUGUCUGUGAUGCUUCUGGGCGGCGGCGGCGUCCUGAGCGCCGUCAGCCCCAACUACUACAUGUUCCUCGCCAUGAGACUUCUUACUGGUGCUGGCGGUGUCGGCCUCUUUCAGGUUACCUUCGUUUUAGCUGUUGAAUUCAUCGGUGCCAAAUAUAGGACGUUUUGUGGAAUCAUGAUUGAAGUUCCUUUCGCUCUCGGCGAGGCCAUGACGGGAGUCUUGGCCAUCUUCAUCCGCGAUUGGCGCUGGCUCCAGGUGGCCGUGACGGCUCCGGCUUUCCUCCUGCUCUCCUACAUGUGGAUCAUGCCAGAGAGUGUCCGCUGGGCUGGGUGUCUCAAGGGCAAGAGGGAUGUCGCCGUCCAGAUCAUUCAAGAGGCAGCAGAUGUCAGCCGUGAAGUACCCAAGCAUCUCCUUGAGGACAGCAACACCGAGGUACCUACUGUGGAUGGCAGUCUGUCCGUGGCAAGUAGCAAAGCUGAGUUAGUGAAGGAGGACCCAGGGGAGCCAGAACCCAAGGUCACCAAAUCAGUGAUUGACCUUCUUAGGACUCCAAACAUGAGGAAGCGCUCGGUUAAUUUAUUUUACUGCUGGGCUGUGUGCACGCUAGUCUACUAUGGCCUCUCCUCUAACUCUGGAAACCUAGGAGGAAACAUCUUCGUCAAUUUCAUUGCCACCAUGCUGAUUGAAAUCCCAUCAUAUGUGUUCUCCUUUUUAGUUUUAGACAGAAUGGGCAGGAAGGGCACGCUCUCCUUUGUCCUUUUGCUCGGCGGCGUCGCUUGCUUCGUAUCCGGAUUUAUCCCAGAAGACUUUGGAGCAGUAAUUGUGACCCUGAGCCUGGUGGGUAAGUUCGGAAUUGCAGCAGCCUUUGCCAUUGUGUAUGUCUACUCUGCUGAGAUUUUCCCAACGGAAUACAGAAGUGUUGGCAUUGGUGCUUGUUCCAUGUGUGCUCGCGCGAACCUUGGAGGAAUUGUUGCACCUUUUGUUGCAUCACUGGCACACACAUACAAGCCACUGCCUCUCCUUGUCUUCGGAGGCCUAUCAAUAGUGGCUGGAUUACUGGUGGUCUUGCUGCCGGAGACUGUUGGGUGCGAGCUGCCACAGACUAUCCCAGAGAGUGAGAGAUUUGGCAGUGACCAGUCAAUAUGGUAUUUUUCUUGCUGUGGGAAGAAGCGCAGUGAGCCUGUCACAGAAGAAAAUGCAGCAACUGAGGACCAGAGGGUGUAAUUGCUUUUGCUAAUCACAGGAAUUUGAAUAUUACUUGGACUGAUAAGUAUUCUAGUUUUAAGAAAUGGAUAUGUAGAAGAUCUUAUGGAAAGUCUCGAUAAUUAUAGAGAUUUUUAUUAAAGCAUUUUUACUUUUACUCUGGCCAUCAUCAGUCUGCAUUGUUUUUAAUUCCAUGAAUUUGACAACAGAAGCAGUGAAUGAUAGAAAUAUGUCUUUUUCAUAGUAUUAUCAUAUGGACCAAUAUUUGUAAAUCCUCUAAGAAUUUGAUAACUUCCAUGUUUGGAUUGUUCUGGUAAUUUUAGAUGUAAUUUAUCAAAGGAAUUUUUCCUGGAUUAUAGGAAGAGAAGUUUUUUAUCCUUAUUAGGAUAUUAGGAAUAAUUUUAUGAUAGAAACUGAAGUACUUUUUUAGUACUGGCAGGAAAUGUGUAAAAUAAGUUUUAUAUAGAUUUUUUUUAUAGAUGUCACAUGGGAAAUUAACUUGGGAAGCUAAUUGAAAGUGACAGUAUGACCAGUGUGGGUAGCAGAGUCUUUUAAGUGAUGAAGUUAUAUUAGGUUUGAUAGAUUAUUAUAUGAUUUUAAUUAAUGGAAAAACAGUAACACACAGAACUGUACAAUGUGAGAUUAAUAGUAAGGAAGGUGGAAUGCUAUUUUAUAUAUCUGAUUACAUCUAAUCAAGAUAUGCACAAAAUUUAACAGAAGAGUAAUGUAUAUGGAUAUUGAGUUUAACUGAAAUAAACUACCUCACUCAGUCUGCGAGGACUGGGAUAAUUUUUUUUUUUCCAGUAAUCAUCAGAAAAAAUAAAACAUUCAUAUUUAUGAAUUUUAUAUAUGUAUUGUGAUAGGGGUAUUCAAUGAAUAGAAAACAUUACAGAAAAUGUUCAUGUAUGUGAUACUGAUUAGCAUAUAUGUACAUCAUAUGAUUUUCAUUGCAAAUCAAGUAUAAUUUCAUUUUCCCUUUUUAAGGAAUCAUCAUUUGUUUGGAAACUGAAUGUUGAAAUUAGUUAAUCCUGUCAGUGUCAGUGAAAGUAGGAACUAGAAUCUGUCCAUUUUUUCUAAUAUGUAAGGACAUGCUCUGUAAUUUGAACUAUAAUGAAUUGCCUUCACAUUGUUAAUGGUAUUUUACUGAAGCUGAAGAAGUUGGUAUUUGAAAUUGAUAGUCACACCCAGAUGCACAAGAUCUUGAAAAAAGUGGAGUAAUAAUAAGUUAAAUUGAUUUUGGUUAACUCAAAGUUUGAUGUCAUUUCACUUGCAUUUAACAUGAUAACUUCCCUACAUUUAUAUCCACAAACAAUCAUUUCUUACUUAGUGUAAUUCAAUAUGUGAGUGUUACAGAUCGGUAUUUCUCUACACGGUUAUUGAUAUUGUCACAGCUUGAGAGUUGACAUACUAAUAUCUAUCUAUGAUAAUCUUGUAAUACUCAUUUGUUUUUCUUCAUACUAUCAUACUAUCUAUGUAUGACAAUGUUGUUAUUAUUGUUUUAGGCUAGUGAAAAUUAGAUAGACAUAUAUAUUAUCUGGAUGCUGUAAAGCCUAGAGUAGCACUCCCAUAAACAAUGUGACUCAUUGCUUAUUAUUUCCUCACUGUAUCCUACUUUAAUCAGAUUGCUCAAGUUGAUUCAGUAAAUUAAAUUUUUAUUUCAAGAUUUUUUUUCAGUGAUGAUAGUGGGGGCUUAUAGUUACAAUAUAGGACUAUAUAGGAGACUGUUACUUCACUUUAAGAUAAUCAAAAACAAUUUGUACUGUAGGAUACUAUUACAUUGCAUGGUAGUUGUCUUGCCACUGCAGCAUCUGUAAUUUUGGGUAUGAUAUAAUUAUUUUUAAUUGUUAUAGGGGCAACAAUUAAUGAGAUCAUGUGAUGAGAAGUCAGAUAUUUUUUGACUUUACAGCUUAAAAGACAAUAUUCUUUAGGUAGCAUUUACAUAAUUGGAAUUGGAAAGAAUUCCAGUGAUUCUGUGCUGACAAUUCAGUAUCUUAGUGUGAUAUUUACAUUUUAUGAAAUAAUGUUAAUACUUUGUUAGCCAAGGUUUUGGGCACCUGUUGUAUAUUCUGGUGUAUGUUAGCAGCGUUUUAUAUUUCUUGAAAUUAUUAAGUGGAACUUCAGCUUCUUUAAUUUCUUUACAAACAAUCAUGUAUGUACACAUUCUCGUGCUUUGUACAUUUGACCAAUAAUGCUUGUAAUUUUCCAUGGUCUUUAGGAACAGUAGAACAAUCUUCUAUUGAAUUAAUAUACAGGCACAGUACAGUACAGUUUGUGUGCAGUAUACAAUAUGUAUCAUGUUUUAAAGUAAUGUUAUUUGAUGACCCACUGUGAUAGCACUAGAGGGUGGAACUGCCAAGUAAUUUUCAUACUGAUUCAUACCGUAAUGUAUUCAAGGAAAUUGGUGAUAAGCUUUCAAAAUUUACCCUUUACUAGUUGUUUAUAAUGCUGAUAUGAUAUUUUGAAGAUAAAGCAAGAAAUGCAAGUGCGAUCAGUGAGAAUUAUUUAAGAACAUAGUUUCAACUCCAGUUUAACUUGUAGGCCAUUUUUAGAUAGUGUAUAUGAGACAGAUCCUGCUUUUACUAGUUAGCCUCUAAUGCAGUGAUGCUGUUUGUAAAAUUAUCAGAUGAUAUCACUUAAGCCAAUAAUUAGUUUUAAAUUAGAUUAUGUCAAUGAAACAUAAAAUAUUACAUUCAUAUACUUCAGAUGAAAAUGAUUAAUCAUUGGAUGUUUUUAAUGUGCUUUAAUAAUGUUUAAGAUCACAUUUAGUGGUUUUAAGAUGAUGAUAUUUUCAGCAUUGAUUUGGACACAAAGAAUCAUGAUAAGUGAAGACGUUAUCUGAUAUUUUUCACAAUUUUCAUUUGCAAUUGUUAUCACUCUCAAAAUGUCAGGAUGUCAUGUAUGUUUUAUGGUUAUAUACUGAUAGAUCAUUAUUUGAUCAAAUUGAAAAUACCUUUCUUUUUGUAUGAGUUAAAAGCUAGUGAUGUCUUUAUGUACCUUCAGUAGCCUGACUUUGUGAAGUUACAAUGAUGUUACUAUUGUUACACUUUACUAGUUAAGAAUUCUUUGAGAAGGGAACAAGGGAUUGUACCUGAGAUGGUUUUAGUAGACAUUUUAUCAAAUAUUACAAUUUUGGUACCAUACCACUGGAGUGAAAUAGUCAAUUCCAUAUUUUUGUUAUUUUUAGAACUCAAUAAAUUAUUAUUGUAAAAUAGUUUUAAAGUGGAUGUGAUAAAAAUGUGUUUUAACACAUUCAAUUUAACUUUCAUAAAGUAAAACACAAUAUAGUACAGUAUUACAAUAAUGAUGUAUAAUAAAAAAUUCUUGUAUAAAGAAUCCAAAUGUAUAGGAUACAGUAACAUGUUAUUAAAAGUGAUGUACAGAGGUCUAAAGAAAUUUAGAAAAUUCAUUCCAACAUAUUUGCCAGGUGUAAUACAAUCUAAAAAAAAUUCUCUCUUUAACAGAAUUUUACAGCCUCUUUUAAAUAUUUUCUACUUUUUUUCUUUUUUAUUCUGUCAUCUGUAUUUGUUUUAGAAAGUAAUUAAACUGAUUAUUUUCUAAAAUGAACUUUAUUUAGAUACAGUAAACUGACAUGUUAUUUUUAGAAUUAAUGCUUGCAACUAUUACCUGCAAUAUAUUAAACAUAUAACUGACA